AUGGGCGUACAGGAAGUCCCCAUGAAAUCUGAAAUCCGAAAUCCGGAUAGUGAAGAUCUUGAACUGCGGGUCAAGGAAAAGGGGAGUGCCAGGAUUUUCCCACAUUCCCCCGACUAUUCCAGGACCAAGACUGGAGAGACUGGAGAGACUGGAGAGACUGGAGACUGGACUGAAGGAUCCUCCAGCCUCCGACAAGCGGAGCCCAGUGGAGUGAAUACUGAACUUACCCUCUUUGGGACAUGUCUGGACCGAUGA